UUAAUACCAUUUACCUGCGUGGAUAACAUUAUCACGAUCACACUUUAACUUCGUAAUGACUGAAACGAUUUUGGAAACGAUCUGCGUUAAUGGCACAAGGCCACCUUACAAAAGACCAGCAUGGGUAAUCGGACAAGUUGGAAGCGAAGAAAUGCAUCGAAGAGCGCAAACUGCAAUAUCAAGAGAGAGGAAAGGUCGUGCAUGGACAGAAAACACAGCCAGGCCAAAAUCCACUCCAAGCAGACUUAAUGUCACCUUUGACAAUUCUCCUCGUGCAAGAUGUUCCAGGUGGAGACAAGUGCAAAGUGCACAACAUAGGAAUUCUCUUGAGGAACCCUUAAAUGAUGAUAGCAUGACAAUUACAUUAGCACCUGGUUAUUUGUUAUCCAGAAGUAAAGAAAAGAUAAAUGUAACAAUAACAGACGAAUUUUUUUUGAAGGAUGGCACCACAAAGGCAAAGACAAGGAAAAAAUCACAGCCUCCUGAUGAAAAGGAUAUAGUCAUUCAACAACUGCACCAACAGAUUGAUGACUUGACAUUGAUUUUAGAGGAAGAAAGGUUGAACCACAAAAUGAACAUGAAGAAGACGGAUGAGAACCAUAAUCUUCAUAUUGAACAGAUACAUGAAGAACACAGAGAGCAUAUCAAAGCUAUAGAAAAUGAUCACGAUGAAGAAAUGGAGAAGUUAAACAAUUCUUUAGACCAGAAGCUUCGAGAGGAAAAAAGAAGUGCUGAAAUUGAGAAAGCCGGUCUUAAGGGUGAAAUGGAGAGUCUUCAAGGAGCGUUUGAAGCUUACAAGGAGACUGUAGCGACUGAGAUGGACUACAAAUGGCAGAGAAAAUCGAAAGAGCUGCGUCAUGAGCAUGAAAGGCAUCUAGAAGAUGAAUUGGCUAAGCAGAGAAGAGAAAUGCUUCAUGAGAAAAACAAAGAAAUUGAAGGGAUGAAUAAGGAGUUUCAGAGACAAAUACAGAUUUUGGUUGAAGAUCACAAGAAAGAGGUUGAUCAUUUGAUGGAGAAGUUUGCAGAGUGUGUGCAGGAUUCUGAACAGCUCAAGUCAGCUCUUCUGGAGAUGAAGACCCUUAAACAACAAAAACAAGAGCUUGAAGAGAAAGUGAAAACUAAAACAGAAAUUCUUCGUAAGACUCAGAUGGAACUUGAAGACAAGAAAGUCAAAUUAGUCGCUUUUGAGGAACACUUUGCUGAGAAAGUGGAAGAAGUUGACAAUAGAUAUUCAAUGAGAAUGCAGGGGCUCAUGUCAGACAAUACAGACUUAAGGCGACAUUACAUCAAGAAAUGCGAACAGAUGUUUAAACUACAGACUGAACAAGAUGCAGAACAAGAAAGCUCAAUUCGCACAGCCAAGAGUACCUUACAGGCCGUUAUUUUAGCUCGUACAAGAUGUGACGUCAGUUUAACAGCACUAAGAAACGAAAUCCCGGAUGUUCCAAGUACAGAACGGAGCACGCGCCUUAAGCGACGAAUGAGUGUACCGGAAACUAGAGAAGAAGUUGCCUUAGCAGAAAAACUGUCAGCGGUGGUAAAUAAGGAAAAAAAACCAACAAAAUCAAAAAUUCUAACUGAUUAUUAUAAGUCUGAGUCAACAAAACAGAGACCUCACACAUCGCACCACGCCACCACGUUGAGCCCCAGGACCCCGAUCUCAAGUGCACGUUCUGCAGUUCGAGAAAGUCUGGUGCCGACACCAGUAAACAUUUCAAAUCAAGGAAUACAAAAUUUGCGGGCUCAAAGGGAAUUUCUCAGUUGAGAAAGUUGUGGAGGAUGAUGUGUAUGAUUUUAUUUCUUUAUUACUCCUGCUUUUUUUGAAUGCGAUGUGGUGUCAUCUGCCACAUUUAAAUCGGGUGCGUUGUAUAGAAAGUCAAUGAUAAUUUGUAUAAUGAUAGCGAAAUGAAAUUGUAGAUAAUUUUGAUUAUCUACAAUUUCAUUCCACUAUCGUCAAUGCUACUUUGAAAAGAAUUAUUGUUUUUUUUUUUCUUUUUUCGAUUUUUGGCACUAGUGUCUAGAAUUCUAGUGAAAAUCACGUGGCAACCAUAGUGGAAGUCACCUAACAUGGUAGUCACGACGUCGUGCUAUGCAACGGAGGCACGCAAGCUUCAAUUAGGUCGUCACGGGAUGAGUUGUUGCGUGACCACCCUAAUGGCGUGACUUACAAAAAUUUGACUGAUUUGUAGUUACCAUCUACAGAUAGCGAAAGAAAAUGAAUUGAUAGCUGACUCUUUAGGUCCCAUCACAGAAUUAUCUCAAAAACCUGCUUGUUAUGGUUUUUUUAAGGAAAGAAUGCAAAACGACGCAGUGAAUUUCACAGCAUCACCACAUUGACAUUGAGUGAGAAUUAUUAUCAAUUUGAAAAAAUAUCACAGAGUUAAAACUAAAUAAACAUCAAACCAUGUAAAAUAAAA